AUGAAGCCUUACUGCAUCGCGCCUGUCGGCAUGCCCGCGGGCAUCCGUGCAUUUAGUGGCAUAGCUCAGCCGUUUGAGUAUACUGUCAAGACACUGCAAGGCACCAAUAAGGCUUACUACGACCUGACAGAGCUCAAAGAUAAGCGCUUUGACACGCUUCCCUUCUCUAUCCGCGUGCUGCUGGAAUCGGCCGUGCGCAACUGUGACAACUUCCGGGUAACCGAAAGAGAUGUUGAAACUAUCUUAGAAUGGUCCAAGACGAGCAGGCAGCAGAAGGAAAUUCCAUUCAUGCCGGCCCGCGUGCUGCUGCAAGACUUUACCGGAGUGCCAGCCGUGGUGGAUCUGGCAGCGAUGCGGGACGCGAUGGCGCGUUUGGGGGGCGAUCCUCGGCGCAUCAAUCCUUUGGUGGAUGUGGAUUUGGUGGUAGAUCACUCUGUGCAGGUUGACUAUAGCCGGUCUGAAGCCGCGUUGCAGAAGAAUUUGGAGAGGGAGAUGGAGAGGAACAAGGAGCGGUUUGCAUUCUUGAAGUGGGGCAGCAGGGCUUUCGACAACAUGCGCAUAGUGCCGCCAGGCUCUGGCAUUGUGCAUCAGGUGAAUUUGGAGUUUUUGGCCUCUGUUACGAUGGACAAGAAGAAUUUGCUGUAUCCCGAUUCGGUAGUUGGCACGGAUUCUCACACCACGAUGAUCAACGGCCUUGGCGUCCUCGGCUGGGGCGUUGGGGGCAUUGAGGCCGAAGCUGUGAUGCUUGGCCAGCACAUCUCCAUGGUACUACCUGAAGUCAUUGGCGUCCAUCUGACAGGAGAUCUUAAUCAGAUGGCAACUGCCACAGACCUCGUCUUGACGCUUACGCAGAUGCUCAGAAAGAGGGGCGUCGUGGGUAAAUUCGUAGAGUUCUUUGGACCCGGACUCCGCAACCUCAGUCUCGCAGAUCGCGCAACUGUAUCGAAUAUGGCGCCAGAAUAUGGCGCUACGUGUGGCUUCUUUCCCGUCGAUCAUCAGUCCUUGGCCUACUUGCGCAUGACGGGGCGACCUACGGAGAGGUUGCAACUCAUUGAGAGCUACAUGCGGGCAAAUCGGCUGUUUUGCGAUGGAGGAGAGGAGUCGCGCAUCCAGUUUACCGACGUCAUAGAGCUUGAUCUGUCUACAGUGGCGCCUAGCGUGGCCGGCCCCAAGCGGCCUCAGGACCUUGUUGCAGAACGCGACGUCAAGACGGAUUUCCAUGCCUGCCUCACGAAUUCAGUUGGCUUCAAGGGUUUCGGCUUAACAUCGGAGCAGCGGGAUCGGACUGUCAAAUUCGUGUAUCAGGGAAAGGAGUACGAGCUGAAGCAUGGAUCCGUGUGCAUCGCGGCCAUCACUUCUUGCACCAACACAAGCAACCCGGGAGUCAUCUUUGCCGCGGGUCUGUUGGCGAGAAACGCGGUAGCCAAGGGCUUGCGGGUAGCGCCGUACAUUGUUACCUCGCUCUCCCCUGGAUCGAAGGCUGUUUCGCAGUAUCUCAAGGCUGCCGGGCUAGACGAGGCUCUCAAAAAGCUCGGGUUCUAUCUGGCGGGAUACGGCUGCAUGACGUGCAUCGGCAAUACGGGAGAGUUUGACCCCGAAGUGACGGAGGCCAUCAACAAGGGCGACCUCGUUGUGGCGUCUGUCUUGUCCGGCAACAGAAACUUCGAAGGCAGAAUCCACCCUUUAACCCGCGCCGCUUACCUCGCCUCUCCUCCUCUCGUUGUCGCAUACGCGCUGGCGGGGCGCAUGGACAUAGACUUCUCCAAAGAACCUAUUGCCACGGGCAGCGACGGCAAGCCCGUUUUCCUGAAGGACAUCUGGCCCACGCGAGACGAAAUCCAGCCAGUCAUUGAGCAGUGCCUGGGGCCCGAGAUGUUCAAGCAGGUUUACAGCACCAUUACGGAAGGAACGCCUGCGUGGCAGGCGCUCGGCACGUCCAAUUCCUCCGUACUGUAUCAGUGGCAGCAAGAUUCGACGUACAUCCACAACCCACCCUUCUUCCAGACGAUGGAAAAGACGCUUCCCGAGAUACCCGACAUCAAAUCGGCAUACUGUCUCUUGAGCCUCGGCGACUCUAUCACCACGGACCACAUUUCUCCCGCCGGCAAUAUCGCAAAGACCUCGCCGGCAGCGAAGUUUCUGAUGGAACGAGGCGUCGCGCAAAAGGAUUUCAAUACGUACGGGGCGCGCCGUGGGAAUGACGAAGUAAUGGUGCGUGGCACGUUUGCAAACAUUCGGCUUGUCAACAAGAUGUGUCCCACUGCGGGCCCGAAAGCUAUCCACCUGCCUUCGGGGGAAAUUCUCCCUGUAUCCGAUACCGCCGAAAGGUAUCGUGCAGAAGGCGCUUCUAUGAUCGUGCUUGCUGGCAAAGAAUAUGGCAGCGGAAGCUCCCGCGACUGGGCAGCCAAAGGUCCCUACUUACAGGGCGUGAAGGCUGUCAUUGCGCAGUCUUUCGAAAGAAUCCACAGAAGCAACCUUGUUGGCAUGGGUAUUCUGCCGCUCCAGUUCCUUGAGGGCGAAUCUGCAGAUGCCCUUGGACUCACAGGAAAAGAGCGCUUUAGCAUUGAGCUUAACGCGGGAAAGCUGGUUCCAGGCUCCACCAUCCAAGUGACCACGGAUUGCGGAAAGUCGUUCGACACAAAAUGCCGCAUCGAUACGGACGUCGAGGUUGAAUACUUCCGGAACGGGGGAGCUCUGCAUUACGUUUUGCGGAACUUGCUGUUGAAGAACUAA